UCAGCUGUGUCUGCUGCAGAGGAAAGUUCUGCUACUCCAUCAGUUCUUCCUUUGCCCAGGAACAUGGCCAACAGGAAAGUAAUUACAGUGUUUGGAGCAACAGGAGCUCAAGGAGGCUCUGUGGCCAAGGCUCUUUUGGAGAGCAAACAUUUUGCAGUGAGAGCUCUGACGAGGGAUGUGACUCGACCAAAAGCUCUAGAGCUGCAGGGCCUUGGAGCUGAGGUGGUAAAAGGUGACCUGAAUGACAAAGCAUCAGUGGAGACCGCCUUAAAAGGAGCCUAUGGGGCCUUCGUGGUGACCAACUUCUGGGAGCAUUUCAGCAAAGACAAGGAAGUGUGUCAGGGAAAGCUGGUGGCAGACACUGCCAAGCGCCUGGGGCUGAAGCACGUGGUGUACAGCGGCCUGGAGAACGUGGAGCAGCUGAGUGGGGGCAAGUUGCGCGUGCCGCACUUUGAUGGGAAGGGAGAGGUGGAGGAGUAUUUCUGGUCCAUUGGAGUUCCCAUGACCAGCGUCCGCUUGGCAGCUUACUUUGAAAACUUUCUCACCUCAUGGAAACCGGCGAAAGCCCCUGAUGGAGAUUACUACACCUUAGCACUGCCCAUGGGGGAUGUACCAAUGGACGGUAUCUCUGUUGCUGAUAUUGGAGCAGCUGUCUCUAGCAUUUUCAAUUCUCCAGAGGAGUUUAUAGGCAAGGCUGUGGGGCUCAGUGCAGAAGCACUAACAACACAGCAGUAUGCCGAUGUUUUGUCCAAGAGUCUGGGGAAAGAUGUCCGGGAUGCAAAGAUCACUCCGGAAGCUUAUGAAAAGUUGGGAUUCCCAGCCGCAAAGGAGUUGGCUGAUAUGUGUCGUUUCUAUCAAAUGAAGCCAGAGCGUGAUGUCAAGCUCACCCACCGUCUAAACCCCAAAGUCAGAAGCUUCAGCCAGUUUAUCUCGGAGAACCUAGGUGCCUUCAAAGAUAUAUAGAAAAAUCAGCUGUUCAGACAGGCUUUGACCACACAGCCUCUCUGAUCUUGCUCAUCUUUGUAAUACAACAUCUACAUUUGUAGAACAGAUAUGUUAGAGUGCAUUUAUUUGUACCACCAAAGGAAACCCUUUUAAUCCUCUGUUUAGUAGGAAAUAGUACAUUGGUGAUUUGACACAGUAACUGAAUUCAUAUAGAACUUUCUAUAGCUAGUGAUGAAGGUGUCUGACUACUUGGUUAAAUGAAAGCUCUUUGUUUCUUCCUUCCUGCUGGGGCUGGAACCCAGGGUCUUUUCAUGCACUCUACACUGAACUAGCCACGCCCCCAUCACCUUCUGUAGCUCUCUCUUCCCAACCACCAAGUCACCUCAAAAAGAUCUGUCCUGACAAACUUGGACUUUUGUGAAUGGGAGUCCACUGAACUUUCCCCUGGGGUGAGCAAUCUCAAGUCUCUGUUCUGACAUUCUCCUAGGUGGCUCCAUUUUCUAAAGCGCAUCCUACAAUUUUCAGUGAACUUUGAAAUAACAUGAAUUUUUAAACAAAUAUCUUUGUAGAGAAUCUUCUGGGGAACACGGUGUUUCAUGAAGAGGCACCAGCAUCUGAAACAAAUUCAGUUUUGCUUCAAGGUUGGGAGUUUAUUCUCUGAUUCAUUCAUUAAAGCCUCUAUCAGAUCAUCA